CACCAUCGGUGUCUGCACGCGUUUGUCAGAUAUUACUUUAUAGUACGCGUUGAGCACGCCUCGGCCUUAAUGUAUAUCAAGACCCUGACAAUUCAGGGAUUCAAGUCUUACCGUGAUCAGACACAGAUAGAGCCCUUCUCUCCUCGUCAUAAUGUCGUCGUAGGUAGAAAUGGCUCAGGCAAGAGUAACUUUUUUGCAGCCAUUCGCUUUGUAUUGUCUGAUGCAUACACCUCCAUGUCCAGAGAGGAACGACAGGCUCUCCUGCACGAAGGUGUUUCCGUCACGACCACGCUAUCUGCAUAUGUCGAGAUUGUGUUUGACAACUCUGACAAUCGAUUUCCAACCGGUCGCGAAGAGGUCAUACUAAGACGUACCAUCGGUCUCAAGAAGGAUGAAUAUAGUCUCGACAAGAAAAGCGCUAGCAAAGCUGACGUCAUGAAUCUCCUCGAAAGUGCGGGAUUCUCAAAGUCCAAUCCCUAUUACAUCGUUCCGCAAGGACGAAUCACCGCCCUCACAAAUGCAAAGGACCACGAGCGCCUUGCCCUGUUGAAAGAAGUUGCUGGCACUAAAGUCUACGAACAACGUCGUACCGAAUCUCUUCGUAUCAUGGCAGAGACCGAUGCCAAACGCACGAAGAUUAAUGAACUUAUCGACUACAUCGACUCUCGUCUGACAGAGCUAGAGGAGGAGAAGGAAGAGUUGCGUGAGUUUCAGGACAAGGACAAGGAGCGCCGGUGCCUUGAGUAUGCACUGUAUCAGAGAGAGUUGGAGGAGGUUGGAGAAGCUUUGGAGGAGAUUGACGAAGAGAGGCGAGGAGAAGUACACGGUGCCAACAUGAGAAGAGAGCAGUUUGAUACCAGAGAGAAGGAGAUACAGCGCCUAGAGCAACAAAUCUCGCAAGCGAAACAUUCCCUUCAAGCUCUCAAAAUAUCACGGAAAGAUGCACACUCCGAGCUUAAUGAAUUCAUCCGCGCUCGUACAGAACUCGAGUGCAUUGUUGUCGAUCUCCGUGCAACAAGCGAGCGUGAUGAUAGCGCACUCAAACAAGAGCUUGCGUCCGUUCAGCACGCCACGCGGGACAAGGAGCGUGAACUACGUGAUUUGAUUCCACAGUGGGAAAAAGCCCGCACAAAAGAAAGUGCAGAAAAACGCAAGAUGGAGGAAGCCCGUACUCAGCUUAACGCGCUCUUUGCAAAACAAGGCCGUGUCAACCGCUUCCGGACAAAGGCAGAACGCGAUGCAUACCUCAAGCAGGAAAUCGCGAGUAUGGAGGCAUAUCAACGGGCUCGUUCUGCAGCACUCGAUUCCACUCGGAAGGAUGUUACACAGAAAAGGCAGAACGUUGCUGAGAUGGAGCGGAGAGUCGAUAACAUCCAGGGGAGCUUGGAAGAUGGUAGAACGCGUGUGAAAGACAUUGGAGAACAGGUUACAGCACUCAAAGAGCAUCAGACCGAACUUAUUGAGCGCAGGAAGGAGUUGUGGCGCGAGGACACCAAGUUGGAUGGGCUGCUUGCGCAUGCUAGUGACGAGUUGAGGGCUGCUGAGCGCAACCUUGCUGGUAUGAUGGACAAAGACACUGGCUCUGGUCUCCGCGCCGUCGACAGGAUUGCAGAGCGACACAACCUGGAGGGUGUAUAUGGCCCGUUGUACCGUCUCUUCGAGAUACCAGACUCGACGUUUAGCACUGCUAUCGAGCUUACCGCUGGAAACAGUCUCUUCCACGUCGUCGUCGAUACUGAUGCAACUGCACAGAAGGUCCUUGACAUCAUGCUACGAGAAAAGAACGGCCGUGUGACCUUCAUGCCUCUCAAUCGCCUCAAACCCAAACAGCCCACUAUUCCUCCAAAUCAGGAUGCCCUUCCUCUCCUCGAGAAGCUAUCGUAUGAUUCUGCGCAUGCCAAGGCAUUCCAGCAAGUAUUUGGCAAGACUUGGGUAUGCCGCGACCUCACAGUUGCUGCUGCGUAUGUCAAGAGCCAUGGUGUUAACACCAUCACGCUGGACGGUGACAAGGUUGAUCGUAAAGGUGCCCUUACAGGUGGUUACCACGACGUGCGCCGCUCGCGCAUUGAGGCCGUUAAGAAUGUAGCGACAUGGCGCUCCAAGUUUGAUAUGGAAGAUAAACGUGCCAAAGAAGUUAAAGCUGCCAUCACCACGCUCGAGCAGGAGAUCACGAAGGUGACAGGGAAGAUCCAAGUCCUUAGCGUUCAGCAGGCGCAGGCAAAGGAAGCACGCGAGGUCCUCCUUUCAGACUCGGCAUCGCUCUCAAGGGAGCGCGAGAGAUUGAGCGAGGGCAUUGUAGCUCUAGAAAAUGAAGCGGAUGAAUUGGAGACGGAGCUGAGCGGGAUUGUACAGAGGCUACAGGGGUACCGCACUGAGCUUGCGAGCCCCCUUACACGGGCACUGACAGAUGACGAAGCCAAUCUGAUUGAUACUCUUGGUCAACAAGUGGAUGAAAGGCGCAAGCGAGUGCUCGAGCUGAGCAAAACGAGAACAGAGCUUGAUAGCCGCAAAAACCUUUUGGAAAUCGAGCUCAGUGAAAGCCUCCGGCGGAAAGAGAAAGAGCUGCAGGUAACAUUGGAGUCAUUGGGUGACUCGGCGAAUGGAGAAGUGUCAUCCGCCGACAAUCUGGAUGCACGAUUGCGUGAACUCAAGUCCCUCGAUACUUCUAUAUCCACUUCGACAAAGCGUGCACAAGAGGCAGAAAAGGAUUUCGAUAAAUUGACAGCUGACCUACAGGAACUUCGAUUCAACUUAGAGAAGGCCCAGAAUCAACAAUCGGAGGACAGUCGCAGUGUCACAAAGCUGCAGAAGAACACCGAGCGAUAUCUAGCUAAGAAACAGAUGCUUGUCGGUCGUAAGGAGGAGUGCAACCGCAAUAUCCGAGAUCUAGGUGUACUUCCAGAGGAAGCUUUUGAGAAGUAUACGAACGAAAAACUUGAUCGACUGGUGAAGAAACUGCACACUGUCAACGAAGGGCUGAAGAAGUUCGCGCAUGUGAACAAAAAAGCUUUCGAGCAGUAUAAUUCUUUCACAAAACAACGAGAUCAACUCUUGCAGCGCAGAGAAGAUCUAGACAAGUCAGCCACGUCAAUCGAGGAGCUAGUGCAAGUACUGGACCAGCGAAAGGAUGAAGCUAUCGAGCGAACAUUCAAACAAGUCGCCAGCAAUUUUGAAGAGGUCUUCGACAAACUCGUUCCUGCUGGCCGUGGGCGGUUGAUCAUUCAACGUCGGAUAGACCAGGAUGAAGAUGAAGUUAUGGAUGAAGGAGAUGAUACACAGCAAAGUAGCAUUGACAAUUACACUGGCAUAUCGAUAAAGGUUGAUGAAGGACUUCGGAUACAGCAGCUAUCAGGGGGUCAAAAAUCCCUUGUCGCACUCGCGACAGUUUUCGCCAUCCAGAAAUGUGACCCAGCUCCUUUCUACUUAUUUGACGAGAUCGAUGCAAACCUGGACGCGCAGUAUCGAACUGCUGUCGCAAACAUGAUCAAAUCUCUUUCGCAUUCGGCUCAGUUCAUUACGACUACUUUCAGGCCGGAAAUGUUGGUCACCGCGGACAAGUUCUAUGGUGUGCUCUUCAACAACCAGAAGGUCAGUUCCAUCAGGAGCAUCAAGCGAGAGGAGGCCAUGGAGUUCGUGGACCAGGAGGCCCAAGCUCAGUAAUGAUUCACAUGACUUUGCGUCGUCCAAACGUCAAAGUGUCCUUUUAUCAUACGCUGUAC